ACUCUACUUUUAACUUUUCCCUUGUCACGACCUCCUUGGCGAGAAGUCACAUUUGGGCUCUCAGUCCUCUAUGGAGACAUUGCCUUCUGUCAAAACUCACAGAGGACGCGGAUCUGGUUUCCACGAUGGAGGAAGGAGACCCAUUUCUCGGAAUAAACAAUGGGUGGCUGGACAAGACAACCGACAUAAAACGAACACUUCGCAUCAAGAGGAGCGUUGGGAACGCGGUGGGCAUCGAGGAGGGAGAGGAGGGAGAGGUUCAGGUCGCGGUCCAUCGCGAAGACAUAGUCCAAUACCUUCUACCAGUGACUCUUUUCAUCGUGCCACACCCGAUACCGACACCGACGAGCAUGUUCCCGAAGAGGAACCUGUUUUGGAAACAGCGGAAGAACGCGAGUACUUCUAUAAAGAGCUCGUGAAAGCUCGUGAGGCGGAGCGGAAGAAGGCCAUCGCAGAGGGCAAGAUGGAUGACCCAGCUGUUCCGAAGAGGCUUGAGGACGCUAUCACAAUAGUUGGAACAUGCCCGGAUAUGUGUCCACGGUUCGAACGGUACAGACGAGAAAGAGAGAACAAUUUGUUUGAAUGGGAGACGAUACCCGGAACAAAACGCGUAGAUCAUUCCAAAGCAGUCAAAAUGUAUGAACGAGCUGCUGGUGACAAAGUGAUUCCUUCGGACUUACGACCACCUCAUGUGUUGAAAGUACGUUCUGCGAGUUUGGGUUGUUACAUUAUGGUGUGAUUUCUGCUCAUUAUAUCCUGCCCUCAGCGCACUUUGAAUUAUCUUUUUCACGAAUUGCUUCCUCGAGAAGGCUUCUCCCCGACUUUCAACUUCAUUCGCGAUCGGUCAAGAGCAGUGAGGAGUGACUUCACAAUGCAACACGAGAAGGGUAAAUUGGCCAUCGAAUGUCAUGAACGUUGUGCUCGGUUCCACAUUCUCGCACUCCAUCUCGAACGUGACCGAGAGGGAUUUUCCUUCAAUCUAGAACAGCAACAAUUAAUGAACACCCUUCAAAGCCUCAAAGAAUUCUACGAGGAUCAACGCAGCAAAUACGAAUCACCAUACGAGCUUGAAAUGCGCGUUUACCAUCGUUUCAUUCACAUCCGCGAUCAACGGGACCGCCCCGACCAAAUAUCAGUUCAUAUCACUUCCAACCCCGUGUUCCAACUAACCAACGACUUUCGCUCCCACGUCCAAAAAGUGAGCUCGCCGAUAACCAAGACCUCAGCUCUCGUUGUUGAUGCACGCGCGAUGGAGAUAUUUGGCGAGUUAGCAAAUGUUUUGAGGGAACAAGGCAACGUUGUUGUGAUAUAUCUCAUCGCUUGCCUUCUGGAGUCUUUAUUCGGAAAAGACGCCAUUGACGAUAUUGAAUCUCUCCGCGGUGACAUAGCGAUAUCGGAUGUCAUUGACGGUGCGAUCAGCGAGAAUAUUCACGAGUUUGAUGACGCAGAGGACGGGAUGCAUGAGGAGAUUCAUGAUGAAGAGCCAGAGGAUGCUGGGGUGGAAGAAGUUGAAGGAGAAGACGUAGAAGUUGCGCCUGCAAUGCAGGCAACAUCAAGUGUGUUCGGCCCGGGCUCCACAUCAGUUUUUGGGGUCAACAACUCGCAUUCUUUUCCAUCGACAACAGGAGCCUCGUCUGUAUUUUCGGAUCUCAAAGCUACACCCAGUCCGUUUGGAACUUUUGGACAAAGGAUUGACCCACCAGCCACUCAGCCCUCGAACCCACUUGGGAUGACUUUUGGACCUCAAACAAACGCACAGUACCCUCCCGCCUCUGCUCCAGCGUUCCCUCCUUCUAACCAACCCGAAAACUCGACUACUUCUCCCAUGGGCAAUGCAGCUCGUCAUGUUUCAACCCAGUCAUCACACAUCUUCAACACCUCCAGCACACCACUGUCUUUACAGGCCCCUGAUAUCUCGAAACCAAACCCUUUCGCAAGUUCAAUGUUCUCUUCUGCACCGCUUGCCCCUUCGUCUCAACCGCCUGAACGUCCUGUCCCCCCGACGCAACCGUCACAAGGCAGCUUGUUUGCUCCUGCUUCAGGGGGGCCUGCACUUACACCUUCAAGAUCGGAACCCACUCUCAAUCCUCAAGCAACACCGUUUGUUCCACCCCCAAAUACCACUACCUCGGGGACCGCUACUUCAACCUCCCCUUUUUCAAUCAAUUAUUUCCCUCCACCUACAACUUCAUUCACUCCACCUACCACAACAUCAGCGCCUUCACCCUCUCCCACACCUCUUUUCCUACAAACAACGAGUGGCCCUGAUCCUCGCUUUUCCGUGCUUCCGAGACUCGAUACGAGUCCCACAACAUCAUUACCACAGCCGCAAUCGCAACUCACCCUCUUCCCAGAGCAGCCUAAAACUCCCAAAACUCCCACUGAACCACCUCGGUUACCCCGUCACCAACCAAUCAGUCUCCCCUCCACUCCGACGUUGCCACCUUCAGGACCCUCAAAUCCUCGGCUGGACUUACUUAAAGGAAGUUUACAAACCUCGAACUUAUCGCGAUCCACUAGCAUCGAGAUGUUGAGCCCGAUUCAGAUACAGUCCCCUUCAGUUUCAAGGCAGGGCUCCCUUCAAAAUUUUACAGGUCUCAGUACGCCAAUCGUGCCUCAUGCCACCUCCCGAGCACCCUUUAUAACAGAAGAAAGUCCUUUACGUGGGAAAGAUAAGGGAAAAGGGAAAGCCGCGGAAAGCCCUAGACUUUCGGUUGCACCCACUCGGGAUGAGCUUGAAGAAGCGUUAUCGUUCGAACGGAAGUCUAAAGUUGUGAAGGAUUGUUUCAACCUUUGGCGGAACCAAACUGCCGAUCGGGUUGCCUAUCAGAAUGCGGUACGGCACAGUGAAUCUUAUCGAGACAAGAUACGGAUGAGCAGGACACAAAGGAAUUCCGUGAACGGUGUCGGUGAUGAUGAUGAUCAAAGGUCGCUCUCGAAGUUGCCUGGAGAUGCUAGAAAACGCCGGAUAUCGUUGGUACGGCCAACUUCGUCGACCGAUGGGGCGGUAACGCCAUUGAAGAAGCGAGCUAGGAAGCGGGUAUCUAUGGAUUAUCGGCCUCCUAGGACAGAUGAAGAGCUUGCAAAACGUUUGAAAGAGAAUCAAGAAGAAUACCAACGCCGCUGGGCGCCCGAAUCGUUUUUGCAAGUGCUUCGGAUACAUGUCGGCCAUGUAGCAGGGGGCAAGAUUUCGGUGGUGCUGAAACAUUGGCGGUUGUGGUUGUCAUUGAAUCCAGAUAGUGAUGCCACUGCGAUAUGGAUGGAGAAGAAAUUUGGCAUACCUGAGUCUGGACGAUGGGCAUCGGAUAGUGUGUUCUCGAUACCUAUACUGCCCGGAACUGGGGACGUGAAUGGGUAUCCGGGUAUUAUCGUGUUUGAGUGUACCCCGUCAGAUGGUGUUGAGGAUGAACUGGAGAGGAAAUAUCGCGUGCUUGACGACUGUUCCCGUCUGCGGAACAUUUUGAAGACUUUGCCUCCGCAACGGUAUUUUGUUCCCUCCAUCCUAAUUGUAUGGUGGAGCGAAGGAGAGGCACAGAUGCCCGAAUCGGAUCUGUCAACCAUGCUAAACAGACUUGUCCAUGAUUCGAUCGUUACAUCUUUCUGUAUUUUCUCGAUGAGCACAUCCACGAAGGAUCCCGACUCCAAGUUCAACGAUGCAUUACAGUCAUUGACACUCGAUGUGGAAGGUCGACUAGUCAGAGCAUUAUCCCUUACUGCUGUCUUUCGUCUAUUCGACGAUAAAAUCCGUCCAUUCACGGCUGAGUGGAUCGAAAAUUGUGCACAUAGCGGAGACUUUAACUGGAUUGUCUACGGGCGGCUGGUACAGUCGGUUGUGGACCUUCUUAAGACGGCCGUCAGACUCGUGUCCAACCUUCUGGACAGGCCUUUCGAGGAGCACACCCCAACAUUCGAGGGAACGAAUAUCGACGAUAGCUACUCCGCGUAUGAUGCAGUGUUUAGGUGGCUUUCGCAAGUCUCUGUGCAGGAAUUCAGAGACGAUGUGAUCGUCGAUCUGCGGGGACAUCAAACGCUGGGGAAAGUCUUUCCAUCAACGGUGUUCUUGGACCAUCUACGCGUACUGGCUCAAUAUCAGAUUGCCAACGUUAUGGGGAAUCCACCACCUGAGACGCCAUUCUAUGUUUUGUCCUCUGGAGUAGAAUCGUCGUUGCACGAACUUCAGCGAAUCAUUCAGACAUAUCAGUCUUCGCUUUCCCAAAUUCUUAACCUUACGAUUAGGAGGUCACCGAAACGGAGAAGUCUCUCGAACGCAGACAGUGAAAGCGGCAGUAAACGACUGCGACUGUCGACUUCAGCCUCUGACGCCAGCUCUGCGGCAUUCAUUAGUCGAAGCCCAACUCCAACGUCGACUCCAUUUGUGAACGGAAACGGAAGAAUGAGCAUUUCACCCGGUCCGAGUGAAAGUGUGGAAUCGGUUGCAACGGAUUCUACGACAUCUCCGAUGAUUACAGUCGCUAUGCUUCGUGCUUUGACGAAAGAUUUAAAAGAAAAGUAUAAAGGAGGAACGUGAUAUAUUCACAUUCUGUUCUGUUUUGAUUGAUGCUGUCUUUUCUUUAUUGCAUACCUUGUUGAACGUUAUACUUCUAUAUCCUGUAUCUGUCAUUAUCUAUCGCGGUAUCGAACAACUUUCA